AGCUGGAGUGGCCGGCAGGGGCUGCCUGGCCCUGGCUCCAAGAGGGCCCCCACAGCCACCCCACAGCACCUCGGGCUCCUGGCAGCCUCUGCGGCCCAGAGCGAUGGCAAUUUCUGUGCUCCCCGUCACCCCUGGUCCAGAAGCCGGGCUGCAGGAGGUCUGGGGUUCCACUGUGAAUCACCACAGUUGGGGUGGAAGUGUGCCCCAAGAGGAAAGAGGCUGGGCAGAGGUACUAGGGCCACCCCAGGUGGACACAGGGCCAGGCUGCUUCGUUCCCCCCAUGGUCCCAAGCAGAUGGGGUCCCUCUCCGUGGAGCCAGGCCUGUGUCGGGCUAGACAUGGGCACCCAGGAGCAGAGGGGUGCCCCUUCCCGGGCCUGUCCUCUGUUGCCAGUGACCCGACUGCCCCAGCUGGCCAGGGCCACCCCCAGCUGCCUGACUGCCUGGCUGCGGCCGGGAGAGGUGGCUGCCCAUGUGCCAGGAAAGCACCUCCUUUUGUUUUGGGGCCACACCUGGUGAUGCUCAGAACCAACUCCUGGCAGGGUUUGAGAGACAAGCCAGGUGCUCCAGGCUGGAGGCAGACGUCCUCCCUGCCGGCUGCCCACUCCGGCCCCACCUUACAAAAAGGGGUGCUGGGCUUGAGGGCAAUUGGGGGGCACCCCCAGUUUUGGCUGGCCCCAGUGGGUCUGGGUGCUAGUCCUGUCCCAGGAAGUAGCUCCUUCCUCCUUCCGGGUCCCUGGGAGGAGGCGACCCUGCAUGCGGGAGAAGUGACCUGACCGGGUGGCGGAUCUGAGACGUGUCCCACCCCCCCUGCCCAGCCGCUUCUCUGAGACCCAGCUGCGGGCCGGCAGCCCCGGGACGCUAGGGUGGGGUGAUGGGGCAAAGGGCAGCUGGCAGGGACUGAACGAGCUGGGGGCGGGGUCCGGGGCUACAGGAAGCCCAGUCCCCGCCUCCUGGGGAGGGGGCUCCGCGCCUGGAGGUGGCCGCGGGCGCCCGCGAACCCCGCCGCCGACCGUUGGGGGCGGUUUCAGUCGGCCGGGAGGGCGGCCCCGAGGGGCGUGGGCCCGCCGGGGCGGGUCCUCGGGGGCCGGGCCUGGGGCCCCGCGCUUAUAGGCGGCUCGGCGGCCGCGAAGGCCCAUCCGCGCCUGGACCACGCCACUAUGACCCCGUGGCCACUCGCUCCAGUGCUGCUGCUGCUGCUGCUGCUGCCCGGCCCCUGGGCGGCGCGGGGGGCCCGGCCGGGCGGGGCCGCCUGCACGAACCCAGAGCUGUGCGUGCUCAGGCCGCCGUGGGCCCCGCGCCAGGCGCCGCCCGUCAAUGUCACACUGUACUACGAGGCGCUGUGCCCCGGCUGCCGCGCCUUCCUCGUCCGGGAGCUCCUCCCCACCUGGCUCAUGGUCAUGGAGAUCCUCAACGUCACGCUGGUGCCCUACGGGAAUGCGCAGGAAAGGAACGUGAGCGGCCACUGGGAGUUUGAGUGCCAGCACGGACAGCAGGAGUGCAGACUGAACAAGGUGGAGGCCUGCCUCCUGGACCUGCUAGAGCAGUACUCGGCCUUCAUGACCAUCGUCUGCAUGGAAGAGAUCGACCCGAUGGAGAAAAACCUGGCUCCGUGCCUGCAGCUCUACGGCCCCGACGUGUCCCCGGAGUCGGUCCUGGCAUGUGCGGACGGCGAGCGAGGCACGGCCCUCCUGCACAGGAAUGCGCAGCUCACGUCCGCCCUGCAGCCGCCCCACCAGUUCGUGCCCUGGGUGGUCAUCAACGGGAAGCCCACACAAGAGCCAGGCCACCUCCUGAGCCUCGUGUGCAAGCUGUACCAGGGGGAGAAGCCAGAACCCUGUCAGGGCAUGGCCCGGAAGCACCAGGACCUCUGCUUCAAGUGACAUGACGGGCCGCUGGCUGCCCGCUGACCCCGCUUUCCGGAUCGUGAGCUGCCCAGCGUCUGGGCGAUGGACACAUCCCACAGCGCUGGGCAGAGCUGUGCCGGCGCCCGCCCAGCUGAGAUGCCACCGCAGAGGAAGGAGCCUAAUAAACUCUCUAGGGUGUUGUGA